AUGCGAUACCGGACAAUACUUAUUGACUCGCCUGAGUUUGAGUCGGUGUUAUCGAGUUCAAGUCGUGAACUCUGCCCCGCGUCGAAGGAUAUUUUUAGCUCGGCGACCGGAGAGGGAGUCACCGACGUUGUUGCUGUAUACGGUGCCUUAUUUUCAUGUAUUUGGGUUUUUGACAGUGUGAAGUCUGUGGCUCUAAGUGAGACUGUGGUGUUGAUGGAGAGGUUUGACUUGAGGAAAAUGUGGAGAGCUGUGGGGGAGUUCAGGGUGACGGAUGUGGCAGUGGCAGUGGCACUACCGGUGUUGGUGACUAUGGCGAAGGGAGAUGUGACGGAUGGCUAUGAUUUGAGGCUCGUCACCAUUAUUUGUUUACUCGGCCGCGUUCUGGAAUCUGGAGAUAAUGCCGUUAUGAAAAGUUUUGUGCCAUUAAUUAGAUUUGUUUUCCAAGUUGGUGACAAAACCAGGGAGGAUGUCGACUACUCUGAGGAAGAGAUUGAUAGGGGAUUUCAAGAGUUUGCAGUAGGAUCCUCGUAUGUGCAAGACACAAGAGAGGUAUUAUGCUUUGGAACGUUUAGGACUCAAUUGGAUCCUCUUGGUGUUUUUGUUUUCCUAGAUGUUGACAGGACUAAACUGUUGCUAAGAUAG